AUGCCGCCGAAACGCAUGACAGCAAACCCCGUCAAACCCUCGCGGUACCGCGCAGGCAAAGCGACCGGCGCCUCCUCGUCCGAAUCCGACUCAGAAGGCAGCGACGCCGAAGCCGAGCAACCACAACAGCAGAAGCAGCAGCCAGAGCGCAAGAUCGCACCCCCGCCGAAAGUCCCGAGCGCCGGCAAGAUAAUCAGCAACCUCGGCAAGGUCGACCUCAACGAGCGGCGGCGACAGGGGCAGGAGGCAGAGGAGCGGCGCGUUGCCGCCGAGAAAGCCGCCCGCCUAGCCGCUGAGGAAGGUUUCGUGACAGAGAGCGAAGAGGAUGAGGACGCGGAAGAGGAUGGGAGCGAAGAGGAAAGCGGCGAUGGUGAAGAUGAAGAGGAGGAGAGCAGCGAAGAAGAGGCGCCGAGACGGCCGAUGUUGAAGCCCAAGUUUGUGCCAAAAAGCCAACGGGGGAAGGGUAAAACCGAGUCCGGCAAAGACCAAGACGAGGAAGCCAAGUUCGCCGAGGAAGAGGCCCGUAAGAAGAAGGCCAUGGACGACAUGGUCGAGGAGCAGAUGCGCAAAGAUGCCGCUGCGCGCGCAGCCGGCAAGAAGCACUGGGACGAUGUCAUAGACGAGGAAGACGACGUCGAUACCGAGGACGACAAAGACCCCGAGGCCGAGCUCGCAGCGUGGAAGCUACGGGAACUGAAGCGCAUCAAGCGGGAGCGCGAAGCCAUAGAGGCACGUGAGAAAGAGCGCGAGGAAGUCGAGCGCCGUCGCAACCUGACCGAGGAAGAGCGCAAGGCCGAGGACGAAGCCUUCCUGGCCAAGCAGAAGGACGAAAAGGACGCCAAGGGCAAGAUGUCGUACAUGCAGAAGUACUUCCACAAGGGCGCCUUCUACCAGGACGACGCCGAGGCCGAGGGGCUGGCCAAGCGCGACGUCAUGGGCGCGCGCUUCGCCGACGACAUCAAGAACCGCGAGCUGCUGCCCAAGGCCCUGCAGAUCCGCGACGCCACCAAGAUCGGCAAGAAGGGCGCUACGAAGUACCGCGAUCUGAAGUCCGAGGACACGGGCCAGUGGGGCGACUUCCGCGAUACGCGGCCCGGCAAGGGGUUCGAUCGGUUCGACGUGGACGACAGGUUCAAAUCCGACCGCGAUCGCGAGAGGAUUGGGCCGGGCGGAGCGAACGCAGUGCCUCUAGGGGACCGGAAGUCUGUGCCUGGUGCGCCAGAGGGCCCCAGGAAUCCGGGCCGCGGACGGGAUAGCGAUAGGUAUCGAGAACGGGACAGAGAUGGCAGCCGUGAUCGGAAUAGCUACCGCCCGCGAGAUGACUAUGACCGGCGGAGGGAGCAUUCGAGAUCGAGGUCUCCAAGAAGGUCCGACCGCGAUUAUCACAGCAGCCGGAGGAAGAGAGAUUCCUCACGGGACACUGAUCGCUACGAGAGUGACAAGAGACGAAGGAUAGAUACCAGAUAA